UGAAGGAACCUAACAACGUGUCCUGAAGAAGGAACCUAACAACGUGUCCUGAAGAAGAAACCUAACAACGUGUCCUGAAGAAGGAACCUAACAACGUGUCCUGAAGAAGGAACCUAACAACGUGUCCUGAAGAAGGAACCUAACAACGUGUCCUGAAGAAGGAACCUAACAACGUGUCCUGAAGAAGAAACCUAACAACGUGUCCUGAAGAAGAAACCUAACAACGUGUCCUGAAGAAGGAACCUAACAACGUGUCCUGAAGAAGGAACCUAACAACGUGUCCUGAAGAAGGAACCUAACAACGUGUCCUGAAGAAGGAACCUAACAACGUGUCCUGAAGAAGGAACCUAACAACGUGUCCUGAAGAAGGAACCCUGAGGUUUACAAUGGUGUUAGGUCUACCCAAAAUACUAAUAUAAUUUGAUGGUUCCAUUAUGGAAUAUCAUAGACCUAAAGUGAUGCCAUUCACAAGCGACCACCCACCCGUGCCUGCAGCAACUGCGACAGAGUUCCAAUGGAAUCGACAGAAAGUGCAUGCCCUAAUCAGCAAGGUUGAGGAAUUCUUUGAGGAUUUUUAUGACCCAUCCAAAAAGAAGAAAUCCAUUUGGAGCAAUGUGGCACAGCGGAUGCAGGAAGAAGGCUACAACUGUACUGGCAGUGAGUGCGAUAAAAAGUGGAGGAAUCUCAAGGCCACGUACGUGAAGGUCCUACAGAAGCAAAUUCAUGGGGAUAACAGCUACAGGUUCGAAUAUUUUGAUGCACUCCACCACAUCCUUGGGAAGGAGAUUGAUCCUCUUGGAAUGAGAGACCAAGUGAAAACUAGUGGCACAGCAGCAUCAUUGAAUGACAGAGCUUCUCCUACACACUACACUGAUCUUACUGCUGGUGCCGAUGAUUUUGUCUGGACCGAUUCAAUUGUACAUCUGUUGUUGGACUUUAUUCAGGAGCGUCGUGAUGCCUUCAACUCUCCUUCAUCCAGAGUUGAUGAUGUGUGGGAGGAAAUUGCGCAGCAGAUGGCACUAGAGGGUCAUGACGUGCACAGUGCCCAGUGCCAACACAAGUGGUUCCUACUGCAGAAAAACUUCCAGUACCACCAAGCCGAGGCUGAUGCCACGGGUUCAGUCUCUCUCUGGUCCUUCUAUACUCGAGUCCGAGACAUGAACAACACCAUCAAUAUUUCAACGAAUGUUGCAAAAGAGUGUAAAUUAUUAUUAGGAGAUAGCAGUGUUCCAGGUCCUACUAGAAGCUGGGACACAGGAAGGCAGCCUGGGUCUAAAACACCCGUGAAAGGAGGUGAACAUCGUGCAGCUCAAAACAGGAGCAUAUUAGACCGAGUGCAACAGCUGGAGGUCAACUUAGGCAUCGAUCGUCGUUUGCAGCAGCUGGAUUCCAGAAUAGAGUCCAACAUUCAGCAGCGUAACACCCACAGACAGACUAAUAAUGUUCUCAAGCAGAUUUUGUCAGAAUUGCGCAGGAUCAAUAACAUUUUAGAACAACAGGCCAGCUCUCAGACCAACCAGGAAGUCCGAACAACUGUCCAACAUCAACACCAGUAUGAUCAACGCCCGGGUAGCCCAGGGCAAGGAAUUAUAAUUGUUGAAGCGUAUUCUGACCAACUCUAAAUAAUGUGUACAUGUAUUAAAUCUACUGGAGUAAUUUCAUCUGUUGCAGCAUUAACAGGCACACAGCAAAAAAAAAAAAACUUCAUGGCUUGUCCUGGAUUGGUCCCAACAGCGAGAAAAUGAAGAGAACGAGAAGACAGGUCAGGUGAAGAAAUAUCCAGGAGACAGGUCACAAGAGGAGGUGAGAAGGUCAGAUCAACUCAAGUACAUUCUGAAAACUAGAGCACUUGACAAUAUAUUGAUCAAGAUUGGCAGGCAUCAACAGAAACCCUAAUGGGACCAAGAUACAAGUGAAGACUAUUGCAAGAACCAGUUCAGCAAGACUGUCUACAGAGGUUAGAAAAGUGACAGUAUUGGCAGAGAACGAGCUUGUGGGACAGCUGUGAUCUACAACAAAAUAAGUAUUCAGUGUCAAAGAAAACUACUUCUCUUGUCUCUUUACAGACUAUGACCCAUAAAAGUUUAGUGCUUUUUUUUAACAGUAUAGUAGCAUUUAAGUCACAAAGGAAGUAGCCAGGUUGACCAACAUACAAUAUUGAUAGGAAAAGUAUUAGUUUGUCAAACUAAUGCUUUUCCUAAGUUAAAAAUUUAGAGAGCAGGUGAGAUUUUGUAGAUUAGAAAUAUAGGAAAGACAAAAUACCAGUUUUCACAGAAGUGAGUUUUGGAGAAAAGACAGUUUGUUCAGCAUGGGAGUCAGAAGAGUUUAUGAAAUUGGGAGAAAUGCAAAGAAUAUACUACAAGGAGUGAUAAAUUCAGUCAAUAAACUGAGGAUCACAGAUGCAGAGGACUGGAUGUCAAACAAUAGUGAAUAUACAUGCCGCAGUGGUAAAAAAAAAAAAAAAAAAAAAAAAAAAACUUGCAAUGUUGAUUACUUUUUGUCUAAGUUUUGCUUGCUAGGAGCUUUAUAUCCUCAGUGUACAUAACUGGACCAAGUAAAGAUUUAUAAAGGUAGCAAUAAAAAUAAGACAUUGUACAAGGCAAAGUAAAGUUGAUUAAUAAAAACUGUACAUAAAUAAAACACAAGUGAUGCCUGUGUUUUGAAACCUCAAUACAACAACUAACAAUACUUCGGAAACAAUGAGGGGCUCUUGAUCUAGGGAAUUGUAGCCUGCAUUAAGUCUAAAUGCCUUCCAUGCCCCCCCCCCCCCAAACACAAGCCCUACGUAAUCCGUACGAGUUCAGCGUUCCCUGGUAACAAUAAUACUCAGCACCACCUGUAUAUUUUCUGACAUCUUCCAUAAUAAUGAAAACACCAGAAAUCACUGUUUUCAAGCGUCCAGCAAUUUUUGGACGUUAAAAGAAACUUUCUAAAAACGAGAAACUCGCAUGAUGGAACUGUCUGGUUCAUCAUUACUUCCCAACAACAGUGCAGCCGAGUACAUAUCAAAACCCCUUUUUUAUGGCCUGAAAUGGUCCCUUUCUGCCUUUUUCAGCACAUAUUCUUCAUUAGCCUAAAACAAAGUAUCCGUGGAGUGAUUUUAAGCAAUAUUGAAAAUCUACCCAAAAUCUCCUAAAAUUGUAAGUGUUUUUUUGGGAGUGAAAAAUUUUUUCUCUAGAAAUUGGUAACUGCUGUCAUAGAACAGUUUGGUUGAUCAACUGCUUCCCACUCACCAAUGAAGAAAACUCCUGUACUGUAUAUAUAAUUUCCAUUCAAAGUUGGAAACAUUUUGACGAGAACCAUGGCCUGAAUGAUUCAUAUCUACCUUUUCAGUCAAGAUUCUUUAUCUGCAUAAAACAAGUUACCCAUUACCCUUUGACUGUCACAAACCCCUUUCUGAAACUCAUUCUAUGUCGAAAAAUGUUUUGAAAAAAAAAAAAAAAAAAAAAAAAAAAAAAUUCUUAUGAAAUGAUAAUCUUUUCCCGAAGGUAAUGACACCAAAAGUACGAAAUUUGAUCGAAAACUUACGGAAUUACACUCCCGCGAAGUUAGCAAUCUCGGCAAUAUAUACGCAUCGGCAAUUUCGCUGACUUUGAGCCCUAUUUUCGGCCAAUUCCAUUGUUCCAGUCGACCGAAUUCAUAGCUAUUUCUUUAGAACUCCAUCCAUUUUUUCUAUCAACUGAGUACAAGAAACCGCCCAUUUACCAAUUUCAACUACUCAAUAAAGUGGUCAGAAAUUGGCAAUUUGGCCAAUUUCACACAAAUUAAAAAAGAUGCCAAUUUCAAAAUAGGGUCCAGAAUAAACAAUGGCACUAAAAUACCAUAUCCUCUGUUCAUUAGUCACGUCUCUAGGCCCCUCUUAUAUUACUCUUGCUUUCUAUUUUUAUUCACUGUUAUGCAGUCUACUGCAUUAUUGUAAAAAUGGUGUAAAUAAUAUCAAUGCACUAGUGAAAGAAUAUUAGACUCACCAGUUGACAUGUAUUGGACGUGUGGUGUGAUUUGCUUACUCUUGAACAUUGGUAAAAAUCGAACAUUUCCGCUACUUUGAGCUCAAUUUCAAGGUCGUUUUCCUUGUGAAACUAAUCAAAAUCAUCUCUAUUUCUAUAAUAUAUUUACCAUUCUAUCAAAUGAGACCAAGAAAACGAGAAUACAACCAUAAAUACUAUAUGAAAAUACCUCUCAAAGUCGGCAUUUUAAUCCAAAAACAUGGUUGGAGUUUUUUCUCAUUAUGCAGUGCAUGCUGCAGGAUUUUUCUUAUACAGUGCACACUGACCACACAGACCCAUUUUCUCACAUGUGGGCCUACCAGCUUUCUCCUGCUUGAUUUGAAGCCGCUAGAAUUAUUGACUCUAUAUACGUACUAGUAUAUAUACGUCCGAAACACUGGCUCGUAAGGCAUAUGUAUACGGCCAAAACAGUCAAAGGGUUAAGCAAUGUUGAAAACCCUCUGAGUUUUCCUAAGCCUAUAGUCCAGCAUUUUUUUUUUUGGGGGGGGGGGGUGAAAAACUUUUCUCUAGAUAUUGGAAACUGGCAUGACUUGUUUCUCUCGUCAAUUACAUCCCAUAAACGUGAACUGAAAAGGGUAAACAGAUCAUCUCAUACAGGUAUUCCCAUCAAAACUAUUCUAACUUUGAAUGGAAGUUAUAUAUGCAGGAGUUUUUGCAUUUGUGGGAAGCAAAUGAUCAACAAAAUUGUUCUAUGAUAACAGUUUCCAAUUUGUAAAGAGAAAAUUUUGCCCCCCCAAAAAAACACUGAACUAUAUAUAGCCUUAUAAUUUUAGGAGAUUUUGGGUGGAUUUUCAGUAUUGCUUAAAAUCACUCCAUGGGUACUCUGUUUUAGGCUAAUGAAGAAUAUGUACUGAAAAAGGCAGAAAUAGGCCAUUUCAGGCCAUACCAAGAGGGCUUUCGUAUGUACUCAGCUACACUGCUGUUGGAAAGUACAGUCUAUAUAAUACAAGUUUAAUGAGUAACUGCAGUACCUGGUGUAUAAGGUGUUUACAUUAUUCUUUGUAAAUCUUUCCAGAAAAUAUACAUUACUGAAACUUCAGGGAAUUUGUGCACUCAUACUAGGGAGCACAAGCAACCACAUUGCUCAUGAGAUUUAUUGUAGCUGUCAGGAUCACCUCGUGAAAUGGAUCAAUGCAUGAAUAGUUAUCAAGAAAACUAAUCUAUGCAAUAGGAAUUGUUAAGAAGUAUUCCUCAUAGUAUUCACUGAUACAACUGCCAAAACAGUGGCAGUUUCAAAAUUUAUAAAAUAUUAUAAAGAAUAACAGACCUCACAACGUGGUGAUUUACUGACAACCCUGUUAUAUCUAUGAUUUAUCUUCCCUUUUAGAACCCUAUUGUCAAAUAUCUGCUUGUACAAUGCUACUGUUAAAUAUCUUUGCUGUUAUAUUUACGUUCAGUCCUCAUCCUUACAUCUCACUGUUCACUAUACACAUCUUUACUAUGUUUGGUCAUGUACACUGAGGUUUGAUGAAGAUUUUGGCAAGUGAAAUGUUGCCUAAAAAUGAAAUAAAAUUAUUGGGAAUUUUUAUAUCUUUCUACUAUGUCACUGUGCAUGGACCGUUUACUGCCAAUGACAUGAUUAGUGCCUAUGACCUAUUUUGUCAGCUGGCAAAAUAGGUCAAAAGGGGCUAGUCAAACCAAUACUAUGAGGAUGUCAAUACACAGUGGGCAGGUAUAUUUACUACUUUUGUUACCAUGCUUCAUUAUCAUGUGAUCUUACUUUCUCCACGUCCUGUGUCUGUGAUCCUCAAUUUCUGGACUCUUAAAAUUUUCACUCUUUGCAGUUUAUUCUUUCACCUUGGCUAUCCUCCCACUAAGAUAAACAAUGCCUACUCCCAUGCUAAAACAAACUUCCCUUUCUCCUAAGUCCAUUCUGCAAAAACUUCUGUAUAUUGCCUUCUCUAUACACUCAUACCCUGCUCUACAUCAGUAAUUGGUUCCAAGAGCCAUGACGUAACCCAGUUUUUGACCUAAUGCCUUAAAAUGAUGACAAUAACCGUAAAACUAGUGUAAAUAACUCGCGAAAGAAUACAUCGCUAAACUUAAAGAACACUAAGGAACACAUUUUUGUCAUAUUAUAUAAAGAAUAAUAAACACAAUUAAAAACUCUUAUUUACCGUGUGAUUUGCCCUUAAAAAUGACUUAAGUAUGAGGGAAAAAUACCUUACAAUUAGCGUAAACAACUUGCGAAAGAAUAUAGCUCUCGUUAAGCCAUUAAAAAAUGCCUUUUAAUCAUAUUUAACUUAUCUUCCAUGAUAACGAUAUUAUGCUUGGAAUCACUAGCAUUAUCCUUCUUAGGACCCAUGGUUAACACAGACACAGUAAAGGAAUAAUUACAGAAAUAACAGUGAAAGGCAAAGCCAGCACACGCUCGCUGCAUGGGCAAAAAUGCAUAUGGCAUCACCCUCGUUCUGACCGAGAACUAGCAGCAACACUGCCACAAACAUCUGUUUGCAAUUUUUCAAUGUAAAUAAUUUAUUGUAUACAUAUAUUUUUAUAUUUUUAUUGUAUUUUAAAUUGUGUAGCUUCUUUUAUCUUUUAUUGUUAAUUUUUGUGUGUUUUAUUUACUUUAAAUAUAUUUUUAAGCAAAACUUUAUUUAUUUCUUGUCCUUUUAUCAUGACAUUGCUGAGUGACGUAAUGAUAUUCACUGAACUGAAAUUUACUCUAGAAAAGUGGCAUAAAGGCAAAUUUAAUAUAUUAAACUUACAUUUUCUCAAAUUAAUACCCAUGGCAGUAAUCUAUGAAUGCUUUCAGUACCUACUCCAUUUAAUGCUCUUAUCCUCUCCAAUGCAUUAAUAAAACCGACUGCUCCUAUUUUGACAGACUUAAAGAACAUUAUUAUAUUAAAAACAAGCAGAAAACUCAUAUGGGUCAUACAAUUAAAGAACACAAGAGAAGUGUUCCCCUCUAGGACACUAACAAAGUUAUUUGUCAUGUUAAGAGAUCAUAGCCGUCCCAUAAGCUGUCCUCUGCCUAAACUAUCCUCUUUCUUGGCUUCAUGGACACUAUCUUGUUGAAUUAGCUCUAAUAUAUAGCAUUCCACAUGUGAAUCUUGGUCCCACUUUUAUUUCUUACUGUUGAUGCCUGUCUCUACCAAUAUAUUGUCAAGUGAUCUAAUCUUCAGAACACUUGAUUUGAUCUAACCUUGACCUUCUCACCUCUACUCAUGACCUAUCUUCUAGGAUUUUCUUCGCUUGACCU